AGUCUUAAAUCGUUCGCAGUUUUAGGCACAAGUUCCACUUUACUAUUCACACGACGCAAGGAUGAAUAAGAGUUUACUAACAGCUUUUUUCUUGGUAAUUGCCAUUUGCUCGGCCGGUCGUGUCCCGCUGUCCAAGCAAAAUGUAAGGAAACAGGUUUUUCGGCCGUUUAUGUUAGUCGAUCCUCUGACUGCCCGUUCGUUGUUGAACAACGAUUUCGAAAACGGCAUUGAAGAUCCCUGGUACGAUAGCUCGCCGAACACGGUCCAUUGGGUUGUCGAAGAUUUUAGUUCACCAACGGCGAGUUAUACACCUCCUGCUCCGUUGAAAGGCACUAAAUACCUGAGAGCUACACGUGACGAACAGCUGACUCCCGGACUUCUCAUCCUACGCACGGUGGUAUUCACAGCUUUGCCUGGUGAUGUCAUUUCGUUUGAUUUCUGGAUCCGAUCCAAGUAUACCGGAGGAAACACCUUGGAUCUCGUUGUGUCCUUGGACGAUGUCGAAACAACUUUACUUUCUCUGUCCAGCUAUUCCACAUCGGUGAAUUUCGAAUGGCGUCGAAUUUCCAGCCCAAUUCUCGAUGAUUCUUUUACCGAACCAACUCAAGUAACACUGAUAUUUUACGCUUUCUGCGGGGGUAACGACGAAGAUGCAAUUGCUAUCGAUGACAUCGUCAUCGAGUCAGUUGCUGACGUCACGUCUUCCUUGUCAAAAGAUAAACCUGCACUUAAAGAAGCCAUGACGCAUCAGCAACUUUAAUUCUGGAUUCAAUGGCAUACGCAAGAGGGUUACUGUUUCCACAGAUGUCUUGUUCAGUUUACGACAUAAUUCGAAAAAGAAAUGAAAAAUUCAUUACUCAAUUUUGAUAAUUCUAAUAAGCAAUGAAUAUUGUCAGUUCAAUAUUAAAGAGAAAACAGCA